AUGCUUGGCAUAGAAAUAGACUGGGUGGGCCUGGUCCUCCCCUUUGCCUACCUCAUCGUCCUCAGUGGCUCCCUAAUGACCUUUUCCAGCAUAUACCGGAAGCGCAAGGCCACUCAAGCUGCGAACCUGGAGCCAUGGUUUGGCCCACACCUUCAACGAAACAUCUACCUCUCCCUCCUCCACAUGGAACCCGAAAACGGCGACGAGAAGUCCGAGAAGAAGAUCCCCGAUAACGUCCUAAAGGCCGCCCUUCUUCGCCGCGCCGUCGAGGACAUCAACCGCCUUGUGCAGAUCCGCACCGCCAAACAAGCUAUCACGUCUCUGCUUCAGAAGGGAAGCGUGGGCGACGACUUGUGGCAACGCUUCCAGCGCGCCGAGAAGGAGAUGGAGAACGAGCUCCGCGACGUUGUCAUGGAGGCCAACGGUCUCGCUCCGAACUGGGGCCAGUUCAUCUUCCAGUCCGCCAACGAGAUCGCCGUUAAUGUCCAGUUCCGGAAGCGUCUCGAGGAGAUCCAAGGCAAGGUUGCCAGCGAGAAGGAAUGGUGGGAGAAGCGUCGGGCCACCCUUGAGACCGAGCUCUUGAACGACGAGGAAGCGGAAAAGUCCUCCACCGGAAAGCCCUCUAGCGAAGAUUCUGCCGUCCUCGUCGAUCCCGGCACCCCCUCCGCUACUCCCGCUGCCACACCUGCGAAGGCUCCAGCUGCCUCUACAACCCCAGCCGCUACCCCUGCCGCGACACCCGCGAAAGCUCCCACUGGGAACUCAACUCCCGCUACGGGAACGCCGUCGAAGAAGAAGAGGGGCAAGAAAUAA